AUGAGUGAUAAACCAUAUUAUAAGUUCAGAAUUAAAGAAAAUAGAGUAUCUACUACUGACACAAACUCGACAUCCGAUCGAACAAAUAGUAAUUCAAAGAAUUCUAACUCAAGUUCUCUUACAGAAAUUAUUGAAGACAUUGAAAAGUUCCAAAAGGUAAUUACGUCCACAGAAGCUAAAGACCAAUUGACUAGAUAUAACAUUCAGGCCUCUCUUUUCUAUCAAGAAAUCGAUACAGAUAAAAAUUCACCAGAUAAUCGCUUUGGUGGCUAUUUCAAUAUAUCAACAGACUUAAAAUACGUGACAUUUCGAAUUUUUGUAUAUUUGAUACUCAAAUGGAUGAAAGGAGAACUCAGUUUUUCCGAUAAAAUUAAUGGAAUUAUUUUUAAUGCAAAAAAGCAAGUCGCAUAUUGCCAAGUUUGGGUAAAUGAUGGAUUUAAAUACGAUGUAUUGCAUACCAGAUAUGAGGAAUUGGCCGAAAUUAUCAUGGGCAAACUUUAUGUUCCUCAUAAUCCGAAAAAUUCAUCAGCAAAGAACGAAGGAUCGAACUACUUAUAUUCAUUAGAAUUCUUCCCACAUCAAAACUACAGAGAUACAUCUCCAUCAAAGACCUAUGGAUACAAAGUUAAACCAUUUGGCCAAAUAAUGGAAGAAGUCUCUCCAGACAUUUUACAGAUACCUAAAGAAGCAAAAUUUAACAUGGGUGUUGCAACAACCCAUAAGAUUUUGUGGUCUUUACGUAGAGAAAAACAAAGUUCAAAUCCAAAAUAA